AUGAACUGGGUCGGCGGGAGCCGGAGCAGAAUCAUUCUAAAGCAGGAAAGGAGAAAGCAAAAGGAAUUCUUUGAAAAGAAGAAACUUAAAUCAAAGAUGAAGCUUCUGGGAGUGUCAUCUCCUAAAAGUUCAGCAUUCAGUUUAGAUCUCCUCAAUCUAUAUGUUGUGAACCAGUUAUCAACCAAAAAAGACAACUCUGGUGACAUGAGGAAGCCAGUACACAUUGAUAUCACUGAAGAUGUAAAAAUACCUGUUAGGAGGCACAACAUAGAGCUUCCCACAUCACCACUGCAUAAACAACGUAUGCCCAACUUAGAUGACAUCCAGAACAGGUUACAAAAGCAAGUUUUGAACAGCAGAAGGCAGCAUCUCUCCGAGAAAAUAAAAUGCCAGCAUAAUUUACCACAAGUAACGGAAUUAACAAAUGCUGACUCUAGUAUGGAAUGUGAAGACAGCACAGCAAGUGCUUUUAGUGCCCGUCCAUUGUCUUCUACUGUUUGCUGGUCCUCUAACUGUACACAACUUUCAGAAGAAAAUUUGAGCACAAACCUUAUGGGUAACACUUGGGAACAGACCUAUGAAGAGAAGCUGCAAAUCCAGCCAGGAAAUAGUUCUGAUCAAGACCCUUGGGUUACAGAACCUCCAAGCCAGUGUAUUUUCAGAAAGUCUGAUACAGUGCCUCAGGAACUGUUAAAGCCAUUGCAUAGGCUAGACUAUAUGAAUUUUUCCAGGAAAAAUCCAGUGAUAAUGAUCAAAAAUGAAUCAGAAGACAGUGAAGGAAUAAAAGACACAUUGUUUGAUGUUAUGAAAGAAACUUCAGAACUGAAACCUAAACAAGAUGGAAGUGGUUGUUCCUUUCUGGCACUGUUUGAAGAUGAGUGCAAACCAAUCAAUAUUAAUCCUCCCACAAAGCAUUUUAAUCUUUUUGUUAACCAAAGCAGCACUGGCAUGUUUUUCAUGGAUCCUGAUGAUAGAAAUGAAAUGACCAAUAAAAAUUAUCCUUAUUAUGCUAGAGAGGCUUAUCCUGCAAUCAAUGAAAAAAACCGUUCUGUAGACAGACACCUUGAAGGCAUUUUCACAGCUCCAGAACAGGUUUUACUUGAAAGUAAUAAUGUCUUAAGUGCAAGCGACCAGAAAAGCAGUGAACUUCAUAACACUCACCUGCAGGACUGUCACGUGGGACAGCACUACUUCAUAGCCUCUGAAGAGAAAGGAACAUCUUCAAACCUUGAGAAAGUUGAGACUUCUGCUUAUCACCAUGAUCAGUGGAUUGACUUACAGGAGAGUGUGCAGAACUAUUCAAGACAAAAAAGUGACGACGAGUCUGUGGGAGAAUCAGCCUGGAGACAGAGCCAGCUCUUUGGAUUUGAACAGUUCACAACACCCCAAGAGAAAGAGUUCAGACUGAGCUCAAGUCUGCACCAGAUGACGAAGGAUGUGGAGUCAUCACUCAGCAGCCAGUCUCCCACUUACUCCCCAGGGCAGACAGAGAGCGAUUUGAGCUCCAGUCCUGACAUGUCUGAAGACAAAGACAUAGCCCAAAAGACGAAAUAUAGGGAUGAACAGUCCUUGAAGAAAGAUGAUGCCAACCUAGCCUCAGCAAGCACAGAGCCCCCUAAGACCUCUCACACUGGAACUAUGCCUCUCCAGCCCAGUAUUUUGACUAGAGAAGAAGCAAACCACCCUCAAGAGAAAAACUCUACUUUAUGUGCACCAGAGGAGGAAAAUAAAGCCCAUACUGCCCCAUCUGAGGGCAGCUCGUUACACCAAGCCCAUAAGGGAGAGCCUGUCACUCGCAGUAGCAGGCACGAUGUCUGGGUGCAGACGGAAGGCUCUGAGACACAAGUAAGUAAGGUGGAUGCUGCCACCCAGUGUGGCCCUACAGCGGUGUGCAGCUGUGGGCGCUCCCUCCCCUCUGCGCCUAGCACCGUUAGAGGACACAAAAUGCCAGCGCAGGAGGAGCUGCAGCCUCCGGGCUACGGCACUGCAGCAGCACCCGCCGCGUUUUCUCCUGAAAGCGAGUAUCUGAGUUUAGCUGGCAGAACGACGCUAGAGGUGCUGAAUUACAUUGAUAUAAUAAAGGAGAGAGAAAAGCAGUGACCAGCUAGGACAGCACGUAAGGAAUACAGAAGUUUUGUCCUGUUCUCAGUGUGCUUCAUUUAAUUGGCUUAUUUGGAUUUUUCUAUCCUGCUUGGACAAAAUGUUGUUUUUUUUUCUGUUUUAUUUGCUCUGUAUUAUUAUUAACUAUGGAUUUCUAUCUAUCUCCUGCUAUCUUUAACUGUGAAUUUCUAUAGAUCUCCAACUAUUAACAUAGGAUUUUACAAUAGCUUAGUAAAUAUAACUGUAGGAAUUAUUUUGUCUUCCCCACCAUAUAGUUGUAGGAUUCUGUAGUCUGGGAUUGACUUUGCCUCUCUUGAAGGAAGUACAAAGUUCUGUUUCACUUCAGAACCUAUUUAUUUGAUGUGGCUCUUAGUUCAGAACUAUUGUCAGAUUUUUAGCCAUUUUAACAGACAAAUUAGCCUUUGCUGCUUGUUUGGACUAAAUACAAAAAUGGAAAACAACAGAAAAUGUACAUCUGCACACAUAGAUUAGAAUGUGAU